AUGUUUAAAUCAUCUACAACCAACUCUAAACCCAACUACAACUCUGCCACAACCCCCUCAAAACCCACCUACAACCUGCCCACAACCCCCUCAAAACCCACCUACAACCUGCCCACAACCCCCUCAAAACCCACCUACAACCUGCCCACAACCCCCUCAAAACCCACCUACAACCUGCCCACAACCCCUCAAAACCCACCUACAACCUGCCCACAACCCCCUCAAAACCCACCCUACAACCUGCCCACAACCCCCUCAAAACCCACCUACAACCUGCCCACAACCCCUCAAAACCCACCUACAACCUGGCCCACAACCCCCUCAAAACCCACCUACAACCUGCCCACAACCCCCUCAAAAACCCACCUACACCUGCCCACAACCCCCUCAAAACCCACCUACAACCUGCCACAACCCCUCAAAACCCACCUACAACCUGCCCACAACCCCCUCAAAACCCACCUACAACCUGCCCACAACCCCCUCAAAACCCACCUACAACCUGCCCACAACCCCCUCAAAAACCCACCUACAACCUGCCCACAAUCCCCUCAAAACCCACCUACAACCUGCCCACAACCCCCUGAAAACCCACCUACAACCUGCCCACAACCCCCUCAACCCACCUACAACCUGCCCACAACCCCCUCAAAACCCACCUACAACCCCCUCAAAACCCACCUACAACCUGCCCACAACCCCACCCAUCCGCGACGGCUAUAA